AUGGUAAAGAGCAAAACUAAAGUUGCUAAAAGAAAACUUCUGUACAAUGAUGAUGUUGAGAUAAAGAUAUUAAAGAGCAGAAUUGUAAUUGAGUUACCAAAACAUGCUGAGAACUGGUCAAAUCCUAACAGAAGUGAUGACUCUCAUAAUGUAAAGAACCUUAACUUAGUAAAACAUGAAGUUUCUAAUCUAGCUAGUAAAAUUAAUGAGGUGCAUGGACUAGAUUUAUUUUCAGAUUUACCUAUAAGUCGUCGUACACUCGAAGGUUUGAAGCAUAAUUCCUUCUGCCAAAUGACGAAAAUUCAGAAAUACGCUAUUCCUCAUGCUCUGGCUGGCAGAGAUAUACUGGGACAAGCACGGACUGGGAGUGGAAAGACACUAGCCUAUAUUAUUCCAAUAUUAGAAAACCUCUAUAGAAGCAGUGCUUGUUCAUUAGAUGGCCUCCUGGCUCUAAUCAUCACUCCAACAAGGGAGUUGGCUAGCCAAGUUUUUGAUGUUACUAGGGAGGUAGGAAAGUUUCACUCAUCUUUAUCAGCAGGGUGCAUAGUAGGUGGUAAGAGUGUUGAUUCAGAAGCUACGAGAAUUAACAUGUUAAAUAUUUUAGUAGCAACUCCUGGAAGACUUAUUCAGCACAUGGAAGAGUCUCCACUAUGGAAUUCAAGUAAUUUGAAGAUGCUUGUGAUUGACGAAGCAGAUAAAAUGUUAGAUAUGGGAUUUUCAAGAGAUAUUGAGUUAAUAUUAGAUUAUUUACCUUCUUCUAGUAAAGGAAGGCAAACAUUACUUUUCUCAGCAACUCUAGAUAACAAUUUAACGGCGGACUUCAUAAAAAAAAGUUUAUCCAAUGAAAUAAAUAAAUUGGAGAGGAUAUGUAUUGAUCAAAUUAGCGAAAUACCAGAGUCACUACAACAAUUGUAUAUUUCAGUUCCAUUGGAAGAAAAAAUAGACACUUUAUUUAAUUUUGUCAGAACCCAUUUAUCUUGUAAAAUACUUGUAUUUGUUUCUACCUGUAAACAAGUACGCUUUUUAUUUCAUAUUUUCUCAGCUCUAAGGGUUGGUUGUAAAGUUUUAGAGUUAUAUGGCCGUCAGUCAUUGCAGAAAAGACUAGAGAUCUGUCAUCAGUUUCAUAAUCACAAUCAAGAGGAAAAUAAAAUGAAGAAUACAAAAAAGAUCGCAAAAUUAAAUAUGCAAAGUGGUAAUUUUAAAAGGAAGCUAAAUUUCAUUAAUAACGGAGUAGUACUUUUUUGUACUGAUAUUGCAUCUAGAGGUUUAGAUUUUCCAUAUGUUGAUUGGGUAGUACAGUUUGACAUCCCAGAUUCUACGGAUACAUAUGUACACAGAAUUGGUAGAACAGCACGAUACUUAUCAAAGGGAAAAUCACUACUAUUUGUAAUACCUAGUGAGAAAUACUUUUUGGAUCAAAUGUUAUCAAGGCGAAUAGGACCAAUAAAACAGGUAGUAACAAAUCCAAGGCAAAUGCGUUUUACUCUUCAUGGAGCCUUGCAAAGCUUAUGUGCAGCUGACUGCAAAGUAAAAGAUUUAGCUGAAAAGGCAUUUAUAUCAUAUAUAAGGAGUUUAUUUAUUCUUAAACAAAUUGAUCAGAACAAUCUCUUGAAUAACUUACCACUUAAACUACUUGCAUCUUCAAUGGGAUUAGCAAGUGCUCCUAUAGUAAAAGUAAGGUCUGGAGAGAGUGUGCCGAACAUAGAUAGUACAAAAUCUAUGACUAAACUACAAAAGUUUAAAGAGAAGCUAAAGCUAAAGAGGAACUUAAAAGCUGAAAACUGCAAGAAUGAAUUCUCUUUAAAAACCUUGAAGAGUCCUGAAACUGCAGAAAAUGAUAUAGACAUUCUUGUUUUAAGAAAUGCUAACUCAGAGAGUAAUAGUGACUUAAAUACCAAUACAACAUCAAUAAUAGAUAUAAAUAAGGCACUCAAAAAGCUGAGAUUUCGUUCAGAUGGAACAGCUAAAUUAUGUGGCUUGAGUAAUACUAUUAAAGAAGAAGUAUCACACAAAUUCUUUGAUGAAAGUGAUGAUGAGCAAUUGGGUAUAAAUAAAGUUACUUGCCACGAUUCCACUUUUAUUGAUGACCAAUAUUCCCAGGAAUGUAAUUUAGAUAAGUAUAACCAGUACCUAAAGUCAAUAAAGUCUCGUCUUAGUUCAAACAUGCAGGUUGAUACACUGCGAGAUCGGCAAAGGAUCCAUGAGCUACAUGUAAAGCGUCGAAGGAAGUCAAGGGAAAAUACAAAAGGUACUGAUGGGGGUAAAAUAUAUCAUUUUGAUUAUGAAGAGGAUUACUCUGAAAAUGAUAUAUCUAUGGAUGUAAAAGAACUAGCUUUAGCGGCACUGGAGAAGUUGGGAGUUAACAAAGAUGCUACUAGCGCAUAA